AUGUCAAGACAAUCAUCGCAUCCAUCGAUUAUGAGUGUUGAAUCACUAUAUUAUCUGCUAUUCGGCCGACGAAUCAAGAAUGAAGAACUUACACCACAACCAACUGCAAAAAAUGAUACUACGGAGAGUAGAGAAGCUGAUCAUGAAGAACAUGGACUAGUAAAGCCAUCAUCUAAACCACGGAGGAAAAGAUGCCGGUGCUUGACAUUUGUGGUCUCACUGUUUGGCAGAUAUCAGUCAUCACGAUCAUCACCAACACCAUCACCAACUGCAUCCCCAUGUCCUGAUGAUACCGCUACUGUAUCACCAACAUCAUCGUCGUCGUCUUCCUCAUCAUCCUCAUCACCCAUCGACGAAACACAAACAUCACAAGCAACCGUGCCCAGUAUUGCAAAACAGGAAUCAUGUGCUAGUAAUGGAGGUACUGCUCAAGCCAUCAAAAUAGAGGAAUACUCUGGAGAGCGUGUCCAGGAAGCUGAUAGUGACGAUGAAGUAGAACAAGCAGCAAGGAAAGACGACGAAUCUAAAGGCAAAGAAGCAGCAGUCGGUGCAAAUUCUGGCGCUACCAUCGGUGUCCCUGCUGAAAUCUCGGCCGCAAAAGUAUCUGCAAUCGAAGCUGUAGCUUCUCCAAUAUCGUCACCGGCAAUGGAAGAAACACCACUACCAUCAUCAACAACCACAACUAUUCCUCAUACUAUCCUUGGAGAAGGGCCCGUAACAGAAUUCCAAGGAGUACCCUCCAAUGCCAUAAUAGCCAGCAUCAAACCUAUGCCAGCCAGAAGCAGCAAGAAGAACUCAUCUGCUGGAGUACCAUAUAUACAUAAUCGGUCGUUUGUAGUACGUGGCAACCACACAAGUGUAAUCCAGACAUCCGUAUUCAAGGCUUCCGAUCAUAGUACGCUCGAUAUAAAUACCACAGUCUCUAACGACCGAGAUAUAUACAGAACCACUUUCGCAACACGACAAGAACUCUUCGUUAGGCAAGACUGGGCACAGCUCCUAAUGAGGCCAAACGAAGAGCAUUCGAUAUUCCACAAGUACUCAGACAAUAGUCGACUCGAAGUCAGCACCACUAUCGACCAUGUCCGAGACAUAAACAGCAAACUCUCUCCACGAAAAGUAAUGCUGCACGAAGAGGUCUCGUCUAUGCUCAUAAUGAAGCCACAAGAAGAGCAUUCGAUAUUCCGCAUGGAUUUGGAGCGAGGUCGUAUUGCAGAAGAAUGGCAGGCAGACGACUCGAUCUCCGUAGACAGUAUAUUACCAUAUUCCAACUUUGCCCAACUCGCUCCGGAAAAGACAGUUAUUGGCACAAACCACAAGUCCAUACUCAGAGUCGAUCUUCCACUAGCUGCUAGUCAACGAGGCUCAGAGACCAGACCAUUUGUCAAAACGAAUGACUUCUCACGAGGUGGGAUCGUCAAAGAGUGGAAGGUAGACGACGGAAAGCCUGUAAAGAGUAUUUUUCCAGAUUCCAAGUUUGUCCAACUUCCUCCACAAAAGACCAUUAUCGAAAUCCAAAACAGGGCACUAUUCGGAGCAAAUCCUCGCCUAUCUGAGGAUGAACGAGUCGACACAGAGAGCAGACAACAUUUUACAAACAAUGAAAUAUCAAAUACCCUCACUAUCAGUAAAGGAGAAUACAACAAGAGUGACAUCCGCCUCGUCAAUGAAGUCAGAUCAACGCCUAGAACACAAAUGCUUGGAUAUAAUCAUCAAAAAGGCGGGAUCGAUAGAGUACCAUACGGACGUGCAGUAGUAAGAAAAUGGAGUGAAGCUGUAUCAGCAGAUGCUGCUAUGAUGAAACCAACCAAUGAUGCCAAGUGGAAUCCACCAAAGACUUUUGUAGGUAGUAACCGUAGUAGUUUACACAAAGUCAAUCCUCUACGCGCUGGGAAUAAACGAGAAGAAACAGACCCCAAACAAUACGUCACAAAAUGUGCCAUGACAACCACCCUCAACAGACUCGGGUCGAGAGCUAGGACUCAGGCCUCUGUAUACGAUCAUCCUAUAAUUGGUAUCGACGCUACAGCAGAUGGUAAAUCAAUUGUAGGUGCCCAAAAGAAAUAUUGCUCAUUGCCAUUAGUCGUCUCUGAAAGUCAUCAAUCUGGCUUCCGCAAUUUGGAAUGUGAGAAGGCAACAUCUGAAAUGGUCAUAGUAAAUCCAGAACAUGCAGGAUGCAUGGGUGUAGAAGUCGCCUUGUCUCCAGCUCGCUUCAAUACAGGUGAAGAUAAACAGGAGAGGACCAUCGUCACGUCAUCAGGUCCAUAUGCCAUUAUCGGGGAAGUCGACCCUCUACUACAUGGAUUUAUGAAUGACAGUCGGAUCAAGCAUUAUGGUGAUCCAGUCAUAUCUGAUGAAGUCACGAACGGAUAUAAAGAAUCUAUUAUUGUCACUUUGCCUGAAAGGUUGAAAAUGAUUUACAGUAUCAAAAAGGAUUUGGAUUGUUAUCCAUGGGCCGGGACUAUGGGACCUGUACAGAUAUUUGGAGAAAACGCUUCUGAAGAACGUGCUGAAAAUGCUCGAUUGUCUUCAUUUGUGGGUGCAAUCGCAGUAGGAGAUCUAGUCAAAUCCACAUUGGGUCCAAAAGGAAUGGACAAGAUCCUAGCAUCCAUGUCCAGAGGUGAAAUCAUGGUCACAAACGAUGGCGCAACAAUCUUAAAAUCAAUCGCACUGGAUAACGCUGCUGCAAAAGUCCUCGUAAACAUAUCCAAAGUACAAGACGAUGAAGUCGGUGAUGGUACCACUUCUGUGUGUGUCUUGGCUGCUGAAUUGCUACGAGAAGGAGAGAAAUUGGUCGCCCAAAAGAUCCAUCCGCAGACAAUCAUUGAGGGUUAUCGAAUUGCUAGUGCUGCUGCUUUCAAGGCUUUGGAAGCUGCUGCCGUUGAUAACAGGCAGGUGUUUGACCUAGGCCGACUCAAGGACCCAGAGCACUUUCGAAAGGACUUGAUCAACAUUGCAAAGACCACUUUAAGUUCCAAGGUAUUGUCACAAGACAAGGAAUACUUUGCCAAAUUGGCAGUAGAUGCUGUGUUACGAUUGAAGGGAAGCACCAAUCUGGAUAAUAUCCAAAUAAUCAAGAAGCCUGGUGGAAAAUUAAUUGAUUCGUACUUGGCUGAAGGAUUCAUUUUGGACAAGAAGAUUGGUGUGAAUCAACCGAAACGAAUCGAGAAUGCCAAGAUUCUCGUUGCUAAUACUCCCAUGGAUUACGACAAGAUCAAAAUUUUUGGUGCCAGAGUCAAAGUAGAUGCUACAGGCAAAUUGGCUGAAUUGGAACGAGCUGAACGAGAAAAAAUGAAGGCCAAAGUAGAAAAGAUCAAGGCCCACGGCAUCAACUGCUUUGUAAACCGUCAACUUAUUUACAACUGGCCCGAGCAACUAUUUGCUGAUGCUGGUAUUAUGUCUAUUGAACACGCUGACUUUGAUGGUAUCGAGAGAUUAGCAUUGGUCACUGGUGGUGAGAUUACCUCCACCUUUGAUCAUCCUGAUUUGGUCAAGUUGGGUCGUUGUGAUCUUAUCGAGGAAAUCAUUAUCGGAGAAGACAGGCUCAUCAAGUUCUCUGGAGUGGCUGCUGGUGAAGCUUGCACUGUGGUAUUGCGUGGUGCAACUACUCAAUUGCUGGAUGAAGCUGAGCGUUCGUUGCAUGAUGCCUUGUGUGUCUUGUCACAAACUGUUCAAGAGCCACGUACUGUUUUGGGUGGUGGAUGCGCUGAAAUGUUGAUGGCAAAAGUAGUAGAUGAGCUCGCCGUCAAGACCCCUGGUAAACGGGCUAUUGCAGUAGAAUCAUUCGCACGAGCACUUCGUCAACUCCCUACCAUCCUGGCCGACAAUGCUGGAUACGAUUCAUCAGAUUUGGUUGCUCAAUUGCGAGCAUCACAUGCAGAAGGCAACACGACUGCCGGUCUGAAUAUGUAUGAAGGGAUUAUUGGAGAUAUGAGUGAAGCUGGAUUGGGUAUUACUGAGAGUUUCAAGCUGAAACGACAAGUAUUGCUCAGUGCCAGUGAAGCUGCUGAGAUGAUUUUACGUGUAGAUGAUAUUAUCCGUUGUGCUCCAAGACAACGCAACCGUGAAUAA